GACUGGCCGUUCCCCCCCGGGCCGGGGGCCUCACUUAGAGAAUGGCCGCGGCUACCUGCGGCUCCACCGGUGUGACAGGCACCGGAGGCCGUUCCGGAGAGUUGUCUCAUGGCCACGUACCACAAAGAAGGAAGCGCGGAAGUGACUCCAGGCGUAGGCAGGCCGCCCUGUUCUUCCUCAAUAACAUCUCCUUGGACGGACGGCCCUUGUGUCCCGCACCGCUGCCGACAUGGGAGCCUGCCUGCACCCGGGAUGUGCUGGAGCCGACGCCGCUCUCCCCGUCUCCGCGACUCCUGCCGACUAACGGGCCCCGGCUUGUGCUCUCCCGGGAGCCUCCUAUGCCGGAGGGGAAGAGCGGCCUCGGCACCCCGGCUGCUACCGCGGUGCCCCCUUCUCUAGGCGGCCCCAGCGUGGAGAAACAGAGGCGACGUCACCUGUCUCAGCGCUGCUCCCUAGAGCUUCUCCAGGAUAUUGCAGAGUUCACACCAGUGCAGAGGUCCAAGCAUGUCCCCGAGUCCCCCCUACCGUCCGUCUUAAAGAAGACACACUUCAUCAAAAGCAUGAGGCACUAUGACACUCGCAACAGCAGAAUUGUCCUAAUCUGCUCCAAGAGAUCCCUGUGCGCUGCGUUCUCCAUUCUUCCAUAUGGGGAGAGCCUGCGGAUGAGUGAUCUGCGGGUGGAAGGGACAAAGCAGCGACACCCAUCUGGGGGGGCCCCCUCCAUCACAGACCCAGAGUUUGGAAUGGAAGGUGUGGAGCUGGGGGUCGAGGGGGAGGUUGUUUCUUAUGCAAAAUUUUUAUACCCAACAAACGCCCUUGUCAGCCAAAAAGAAGACAGCCAACCAUCACAGGUCAAGCUGGUUCCCCCUGACACUUCUAAACGGACCUUCGCAAAUGCCCGAUUUACUCCAGUGUCCUCAGGAGUCGACCAUGGCACAGAGACGGACAGCACCGAAUACAAUCCUGAUAUCCUGGAUGAUCCUCAGUGGUCCUGUGGAAAACACAAGCGUGUUCUCAUCUUUGCUUCCUAUAUGACAACAGUUAUUGAAUAUGUGAAACCGUGUGACUUGAAGAAAGACAUGAACGAGAUGUUUAAGGAGAAGUUUCCUAAUGUAAAGCUGACUCUGAGCAAGAUCAGAAGCUUGAAACGUGAAAUGAGGAAUGUGGCACAGGAGUGUAACAUGGAGCCAGUCACAGUGGCCAUGUCCUAUGUUUACUUUGAGAAGCUAGUCCUGCAAAGGAGGGUAAACAAGCAGAACCGCAAGCUGUGUGCAGGAGCCUGUGUACUCCUGGCUGCCAAAAUCAGUAGUGACUUCAAGAAGCCUGAGCUGAAGCAUCUUCUAGAUAAAUUAGAAGAACGCUUUCGAUCUAACAGACGGGACCUGGUUGCAUUUGAGCUGACUGUGCUAGUGGCCAUGGAGCUAGCACUCUACCUCCCUGAGGCCCAAGUAUUGCCUCAUUACCGGCGCUUGACCAAGCAGCAGUAGAUGAAAUCCAGGCAGAGACUACGCUCCGUUCCAGGGUUCAAACAGUUGUCCGGGACCUCCUGCCCUCUUUUGUUAAAUCUCGGAAAUGCAUCUGUGAAGCUCAGCGUUCUUUUACCACUGCAGCGGAGCAGUACGUUACUACAGCGUAUGUAUUGCACCAUGGAAAGCACAGCCGUAGCCGGGAGUAGUGGCUACCAGAGCAGAGGAUCCGGAUCUGAUAUAUACGUCUGAUUUUUGCAUAGUUGCACAUUGUAGAAACGCUCUUCCUUUAUACCAGUCCAGAUUUUUUUAUUUUAUUUUUUUAACCCAUUUUAAUUCUGAAUAUUCAGAUUUUUUUUAUUUUUUAUGAUCUGAGUGACUUAGAUGAAUAGGAUUGGUUUCCUAUACAUGAAGUGUUUUGUGACACCUCAAAAGGACAGGGAAGGGAGGUUUCGUGUCAGUAAAGAGGGGCUUUAUUAUUCUGAGAGAUCAGAAACAAGCACAAUUAACCCUUCAGUGCCUUUGUAAUGUCUCACAAAUCACUCUGGCAUUGAGGAUGUUAAGGGCGAGUGACCAUGUUACAGAGCAUUACGCCCUAUAACCAGGAUUUGUCAGUGGAUAUACGCCCAUGAGUAGCUAUCGAUUGCAGCAUCUAAACCAUCUGGGAUCAGAGACAUGUCUGGUCCCAGCCAUUGCAGUGGGUUCCGCGGUGAUGGCACCGGCCCAGCUGCAUAAUCAGAAUGAUAUAGAUGAUGUAUUUAUGUCAUUCUUUGUUAAGGGGGUUAAAGAGGUUGUCCUAUCUAGAAGCCCUAAUCCACAUGGACAUCACAGGGGGGCCCCCACUACUUUUUUUUUUCCAUUCUACAACUACCUGCAGCAGAAGGGGUUAGUAGGAGUAGUGCUGAUGUAAGUGCAUUGUGGAAUUGUACACGAUGCCCAUAUGGCACUUUAAAUGAAUGCAUCCUAUUGUGGGGUAACCUUCUUACUCACACUCUCCUCCAUAACACAUUCCAGAAAUUAGCAUUUGAGCUAGGGCUACAUGGUGACACUGGUCACGUGACAGCUGUCACAGCCAGGAUUGCGGAGUAGCGAUGUAUCUGGCCACAACAGCAGUCACUGUGUAGCCCUAGCCCGGCUUUGACAAUUUCCUGCCUGCACCAGCAACUACACUUCUGGGUAGCGGAGUCUGUGCAGAGCUGCUGCCCUUUCUCUGUUAAUUGGGCAGGCAUGAAAUUGUAGUGGCUGGGCUAAAUAUCCAGCCCGGUCUGUCUCCGCAGGUGCUUCUACAACUGCGGAGACAGAAGUCUUGCUUCUCUCAGCUCACCAAGCACAGUGCCGUACGUAAUAUAGCGGCUGUGCAGGGUAUCACAACUCAGCCCCAUUCAAUUCAAUGGGGCGGUGCUACUAGGCCAUGUGACAGAUGAAUGUGAUGUUCAGAUGGCCUAGGAAAAGCUGUGAGAACGCUGCGGCACUACUGUGCGCAUCGGUGCCUUCUCAAACAGCUGAUUGACAGGGGUCCUGGGUGUCAGACUCCCACCAAUCAGAUACUGAUGAACCAUCCAAAGAAUAGGUCAUCGGUGUAAAACUCCCAGAAAACCCCUUUAAACAUUUCAUGGCCUAAGUGGCUUCCAUAGAUAGCAGGUCUUGAGCUUGUUUCUUAGGCCUCAGGUUGUCAUUACAAUCCAUCAACAGCCCACAUUUGCUGGGAUGAAGGGUGUCAGUCAUGCUAUCAACCGUCUUAGUAAUUGCACAUCUAUCGAUUGCAGCAUCUAAACCAUCUGGGAUCAGAGCUAUGUCUGGUCCCAGCCAUUGCAGCGGGAUCCUCCAGUUCUUAGUUUUUACAACAUGGCUGCAUUGCUACAGUUGUAGGUGCUGUCACCCAGCUUGACCAGACUUGGGCCUCUUUCACACGAGCACGUUUUCCGCGUGGGUGCAACGCAUUGCAUCCGCACUAAAUCCUGACCCAUUCAUUUCAAUGGGUCUGUGUACAUGAGCGUUUUUUUUUUUUUUUUUUUUUUAAGGCAUCCGUUCUGCAUUGCGCGAAUUACACAGCAUGUUCUAUAUUCUGCGUUUUUCACGCAGACCUGGCUCCAUAGAAGUGAAUGGGGCUUCAGUGAAAAAUGCAUUGCAUCCGGAAGCAAGUGCGGAUGCAAUUAAUUUUUCACUGAUGGCCGCUAGAUGUUAUUUGUAAACGUUCAGUUUUUUUUAUCACGCGCGUGAAAAACGCAUUGCACUCUCACGUAAAAAAACUGAACAACUUAAUGCAAUCGCAGACAAAACUGACCGAACUUGCUUGCAAAAUGGUGCGAGUUUCACUGAACGCAUCCGGAUCUAAUCCGUCACGCUUACGGAUGGAAAUUAUUCUGGGAUCAUUGAUCCACCCCCAUCGCGGUAUACUUUUGUGUGCACAUAAGUGGAUUCAAGAGUCUGAAAAAGCUGAGUGACGAAGCUUAUAUGAGCUGUAAAGGCAGCCAUAUUGGCUUUCCCAUUAACAGACAUAACUUCAGUCACAAAUGGAUGACUAAGUGGAGAUGUCUGGUUUUAAGUGGAAAUGCUCCAUGAGGAGGUUCUUUCAUCUCAAAGAUGCUGAAUAUGUGCAUGGUAAUGUACAUGAGCCAAGAUACAAUCUAAAGCUUAGACAUGGUGGGCAAUAAGGAGCAGUGCUCCUCGGGUUCUUCUGCGUGGAGCCGGUGCUCGGAGAUUUCUAUAGCUUCCAAGUAGUCUCAAUCCAAAAAGGAAAAAAACAACUUUUUAACAUAAUAUGCAUACUUUUUAUUUUUAGAGAGAUGUGCCUGAAUUUACCCUGAUCUGGUAUCGGGAUUUAUUUUAUUUAUUUCAUUGGGUUUCUAACCUGUUAAAGUGCAUCCAUCACCUGCUCACAUUGGCAGCAGCCGCACUGGGAAGGUACAAAUUCAUCUUGCACAGAUUUACUCUGCUGACCAUGAGAGCAAGUUGCUUAGCAGUCCCUUUACAUUUAGCCUGGGUGACUACCAUUGGAGUACAUGGAGCUCUAAAUCCAACAGUGGUCCCAUUUAGACCUCCGACACAUGGGUGUAUUGUGGAUUGGUGUCCUACAAAUCUAUAGUAUGAUGCUUAUAGCUAUAAUUCUGUGUCUACAUUUUUUUAAUUAUUUUUUACAGAGGCAGCAGAGGUUUUCAUGGCAUGAAGGUUGGUAGUACGUCAUUGGAAGCAUUCAUUUUAGGGAUGACUGUGUCUUGCAGAGGCACCCAACAUGGAUCCUGGAGUGCUUAUGAGUAGGUAAUAUGGACCCGUGGUUUUCCACAAGGCAUUGUACAGGUCCAUGCACACUUUUAGUUCUUUUAGCUGUAUAAG